GUCGCUAAUAUGGGGGCUGCGGCGGCCGAAGCGGAUCGCACACUCUUUGUGGGAAACCUUGAGACUAAAGUGACAGAAGAGCUUCUUUUCGAGCUUUUCCACCAGGCUGGGCCAGUGGUAAAAGUGAAAAUUCCAAAAGAUAAGGAUGGUAAAGCAAAGCAGUUUGCAUUUGUGAAUUUCAAACAUGAGGUGUCUGUUCCUUAUGCAAUGAAUCUGCUUAAUGGAAUCAAACUUUUUGGAAGGCCUAUCAAAAUUCAGUUUAGAUCAGGAAGUAGCCAUGCCUCACAGGAAAUUUCAUAUCCACAGCACCACACUGGAAAUUCAAGCCCUACUCUUACUCCAACGUCUCCUAGCAGUUGGUAUGAAAGAACUACGGAUAAUGUGUCUCCAUCAACACAGACAGUUCAGAGAUCUUUCUCUACUCCAGAAAAUUUUCAGAGACAAGCAGUGAUGAACAGUGUUAUGAGACAUAAGCAGUAUGGUGGGAGAUAUCCUUCUCCACAGCUGGAUCAGACUGGAUUUUCGCCAUCAGUUCAGUCACAUAAUCACUCUUUUAACCAGUCUUCGAGCUCCCAGUGGCGUCAAGAUACACCAUCAUCACAGCGUAAAGUCAGACAGAAUUCUCAUCCUUAUGUAACAGAUAGAAGUUAUAGCCGUGAACAGUGUUAUACUGAUCAUGGUUCUGACCAUCAUUACCGAGGAAACAGAGAAGAUUACUUUUACGAAGAUCGGAACCACAAUGACUGGAGCCAUGAGUAUGAUAACAGAAGAGACAGUAGUAGAGAUGGAAAAUGGCGC